GAGUCCGCAGAGCGGAUGGAAGCCCGGCCGAGCCAGCGAGCAUGCGCGGCCGGCGCGCGCAUGCCCAGUGACGCGCGCGGCGGCCCGGAGCUUCCCCCGCGAACUGCGAGCGACGCGGAGGUCUCCGCGGAGCCUGCCGGAGCGACAGGAAGUGAAGCGGCACCGCCGGGCGACCGCGGCGGCAGAAACCGAGGCGGAAGGGGCGCUGCGGCUCCGACGUCGCCAGCCGGGGAGGCCGAGGUUGUUGAGGGCCGCGGCGUCCUGCCCGCGCUGGACCGGGAUCCCAGCACGAUGGACCAUCACCAGCCCGGGACUGGCCGCUACCAGGUGCUUCACAACGAAGAGGACAAUUCAGAGUCACCUGCUACAGAGCAACCGUCCACAUCUAACUCAACACCACAGGUCGUGCAGGUUGCUUCUUCAACGCCAGCACUUGAAACUGACACUUCUCCUCCACCUUACAGUAGUAUUAACAUGGAAGUACCUACAACUUCAGAUACAGAAGUUUAUAGUGAGUUUUAUCCUGUGCCACCUCCCUACAGUGUUGCUACCUCUCUUCCGACAUACGAUGAAGCUGAGAAGGCUAAAGCUGCUGCAAUAGCUGCUGCAGCUGCAGAAACAUCUCAAAGAAAUCAGGAGGAAGAGUGUCCACCGAGAGAUGACUUCAGUGAUGCAGACCAGCUUAGAGUGGGCAAUGAUGGGAUUUUCAUGCUGGCAUUUUUUAUGGCAUUUAUAUUCAACUGGCUUGGAUUUUGUUUAUCCUUCUGUAUCACCAAUACUAUAGCUGGAAGGUAUGGCGCCAUCUGUGGAUUUGGCCUUUCAUUGAUCAAAUGGAUCCUUAUUGUGAGGUUUUCGGAUUAUUUUACUGGAUAUUUCAAUGGACAGUAUUGGCUAUGGUGGAUCUUUCUUGUACUUGGCCUUCUCCUUUUCUUCAGAGGCUUUGUUAAUUAUCUGAAAGUCAGAAACAUGUCUGAAAGUAUGGCAGCUGCUCACAGAACAAGAUAUUUCUUCUUAUUGUAGAGUCUUUCUUUGUCUCUAGAUUGCAUCAACCCAACAUUCCUUUCUUUUACCAAUGUGAAAUUUGUCAUCUGUAAAUCUACAACUUUAAUGGGAUAUAAGACUACUAACAGAAGAAAAAUUACUGAAGAAAAGAUGGAGCUUCAAAAUUAAGUGACAGGGUGGUACUUAAAAGCCAUUUCUGUUCUUUCUUUAAUUACUUAUGUUAUUUGGUUUGCACAUUUGCAUAUUGCCCAUUUAAAAAAUUUGCAUAUACUUGAAGAAACUGUAAAGUUGUGGGAUUAAAGCCCAGUAACAUUUGGCUAAUCAGUGUUUGAUAUAAUUGAAAGAAUUCAGUGAUAGAGUCUUCCAGCAUGUAUAUGCGAUUGAUUUCUAACUUGACUGUAAGUAUAAUAAAAAUGAAGUAACUAACCAUGUCAAAUGCUUUAGUUUCUGACUUAGAUCCAUCUAGUAAUUCUAUAUAUGAAAUAUUCUUUGUUAUAUAUAAAUUUUAUUAAAAAUGCAGUGCUGAUUGUUUGAAAGGAUUUCUCAAAGUUUUGAAUAGAUACUACUUAGGGAAACAUUGUAAAUAACCAUGCACAAAUUACUUUUUACAUUGUUUUCUUAGAAAUUGUGUCAGGUUAUCUUCAUUAAUUUUAAAUUAAGUGAACUAAAUACAUGUAGAAAAUUUGAGUGGUACAGUUUGUUUUAGGACAAAUUUUAAGAAGAUGUGGGUAUACCAAAUAUCCUUUUUAAGAAAAAAAAUUUUUUAAGGCUCAUGCCAGUUUUAGGGAUUUUCAAAUGAGAAGCUGGAUGUUUAGGGUUACCCAUUUUAGAGAUUCUUACAGGAAGAGAUUGUAUUAGAUGUUAUAUUUAUUUCAUUUAAGACAAUUUAAAAAAUUAAUUUUCCAAAUAAGAUAUUCUCAUUUGUCUGUUAAAAAUUCAAUAAAAUAUCUUUCAGUAUCACUGUAAUAAUUUUUCUUUAGAUGUUUAUUAAGCUUAGCAAAUAAAGUCUUAUUCUAUUAAUAGCUCCUUGUUUUAUGAUUAUACGAUUAAUUUGUAAAAAAUUGUAAUCUGAACUGAGAUAUUUGAAGUACUAUUUUCAAGUUCUGAAAAAUGUGUGUGGAAUACAGUGGCCUGGGAUGUGUAUAUGUGUGUGGUAAGAGUGUAAUCAUUAUUACAACUGGAAUCUGCUUUACAUUUUAAGUACUACAUUUUGCAUCUUGCAAAUCAUUUUUUGUCUCUUUUUUUCCCCCAGUGAUAUCUUUGCUUUUGAAUGCUAGUAUUAAAAAAUGGUGGGGAUAACAUUAUCUCUUAAACUUAAAAACCAUUAAUACAGCUAUAUGGAACACUUAAAAUUGAUAGUUUAUUAGACACUGACUACUACUAAAAGUUACACCUAAAUAUUCAGGGGCACUUUCAUUUCUUAAAUAAAAUUUAUUAUGCUUUAUAACCUCUUUUGUAUUUCUUUGUAUUUUCUAAUUUUUUCGUUACCUUUGACAAAUAAAACAUAAAUUUUGUUUGCUAA